AUGAGGAUCAGGAAGCCUUUUGCAGCUGCCUUUGUGGUAUUGCUGUUCAUAGCAGCCUCAUUAGGCCUUGCUCCGAACCGCCUACCCCAAUACAAGCAAAGUGACAAGGUCUUGCACUUUGUUACCUUCUUCUUGAUCACCCUUUGCUUCUACUGGAUCAUCGAAACCAACCGUCGCCGUGUCAUCCACUUUACCCUCGUGGCCUGUACCGUUGCUCUAAGCAUUGGUUCCGAGAUCAAUGGCCGUGAUUUCGACCCAUACGACAUUCUUGCAAAUGUUGUUGGCUCGCUGCUUGCCUUGCUGGCCUGCAGCUGGUAUCACAAACGUAUGCUGGAGAGACGCCGCGCUGCUAGAAACUACACAGUGGUGCCUGGCGAGGACCAAGACAUUGAGCUGGGAGAGAGCACUGCUGGCCAGGAAACUGGCGUCAUGUCUAGCUCCGAGCCACCAAAUGUUACUGAAGAGUUGGACAAUUGGGAUGAGAAUGCCGAAGACUGGGAC